GCUGUGUUGAUGAAGAGUGAGCAGUCUGAUGAUGAUCCUCUAAACUUCAGUAAUGAACCUGGACCCUCAGACACAAACUGUAGAUACAAGAAGAACGUUAUCGGCUGCUACAGUUCACUUUGAGACCAGACCCUCAUCUUCAGGAGCUCUCUGGUGACAGUUUUCACACCAGCGUUAAUCAAUCAAUCAGAACGUGAAGACACCAGAGUUCACUGAACCACAACAAACAGAGAGCCAAGAUGACGGAGGCAGACCUCCUCCACAUCCUCAAUGAUUUAAGUGAAGAUGACUUUGAGAAUUUCAAAUGGUUCCUGAAGAAAGAAAAAAAGGGCGACAUCGAACCCAUUCAAUGGGCCCAGCUGGAGAAGGCAAAGAAGAGAGACGUGGUGGAUCUGAUGGUGCAGAAAUAUGAACCUGCUGGAGCUGUGGAGGUGAUGGAGAGCGUUUUAAAGAAGAUCAACAGGAAUGAUCUGGUGAAGAAGUUAUCAAACAUCAGCUCAGGAUCAGAAGGAGCAGUGAGCAGUGGAACUGACAGGAGUAUCAACCCUAACACAGAUGUUCCUGAUGGUGGGAGUAAACCAGAGCAACCAGCAGAAACCCACACUAACACUGGGGAAACAUCUAAACUCAUCACAGAGACGACCGGAGACAACAAGGGUUCAAACCCAGGACCUUCUAGCUGUGAGGCAACAGUGCCAAACACUGAGACACCUCACUGCUCACACACACAAAGUGGAAAGCAGGAGGGUUUAGAUGAACAUCAGAUCAUUCUGAUAACGAGAUGUCAACAUCUGACUGAAGAAACUGAUGAAGCAGGAAGUAAAAUCCCCUUCAACAGCUCCUACACUGAGGUCUACAUCACAGACGGAAGGAGUAACGAGGUUAAUACCCAACAUGAGGUGAUGCAGCUUGAAACAGCUUCCAAGAAGAAGAUCCUCCAUGACGCUCCAAUCAAGUGUCAGGACAUCUUUAAAGUCUUACCUGGCCAACAGGAAUACAUCAGAGUGGUUCUGAUGAACGGCGUUGCUGGCGUUGGAAAAACUUUCACAGUGCAGAAGUUCACUCUGGACUGGGCAAAGCUCUCCAACAACCAAGAGAUCAGUCAGCUGAUUCCACUUCCAUUCAGAGAGCUGAACGUGAUCAAAGAUAAGCAGCACAGUCUGAUCACACUGAUCUGUCAUUUCUAUCCAACAUUACAGAAGCUCACAGCAAAGAAGCUCGCUGGCUGUAAAGUUUUGUUCAUCUUUGACGGCCUGGAUGAAAGCAGACUUUCACUGGAUUUCAGCAACAGUGAGGUCGUGUCUGAUGUCACACAGAAGUCAUCAGUCAGCAUGCUGCUGACAAACCUCAUCCAGGGGAAGCUGCUUCCCUCGGCUCUCAUCUGGAUAACUACCAGACCUGCAGCAGCCAAUCAGAUCCCUCUGAUAUUUGUUAGCAGGGUAACAGAAGUACGAGGCUUCACUGACCCCCAGAAGGAGGAGUACUUCAGGAGGAGAUUCAGUGAUGAAGAGCAGUCCAGCAGAAUCAUCUCACACAUCAGGACAUCCAGGAGCCUCCACAUCAUGUGUCACAUCCCAGUCUUCUGCUGGAUCACUGCUACUGUUCUGGACCCCAUGUUGACUCCAGACCAGAGAGGAGAGCUGCCCAAGACCCUGACUGACAUGUACUCACACUUCCUGCUGGUUCAGAUAAAGAUGAAGAAGAACAAGUAUGAUGAAGGACAUGAGACGAGUCCACAGAAGCUGAAGAAGGCUGACAGGAAGCUUCUUCUGAAGCUGGGGAGGCUGGCGUUUGAACAACUGGAGAAAGGAAACAUCAUGUUCUACCAAGAAGACCUGGAGCAGUGUGGUCUUGAUGUCACAGAGGCCUCGGUGUUAUCAGGAGUUUGUACAGAGAUCUUCAAAAGAGAGAAAGACCAGAAGACAACCGUCUACAGCUUUGUUCAUCUGAGCAUUCAGGAGUUUCUUGCUGCAGUCUACAUGUACCACUGUUACACCAGCAGGAAGACAAAGGUACUGAAGGACUUCCUGGUAGAAGAAAGACCAAAGUCUUCCCUUGAGAAAAUUUCAGCACCUUUCAGUCGUAAACCAUCUCUGGAUGUCUUCCUGAAGAGAGUCAUGGAGAAAUCUCUCCUAAGUGAAAAUGGCCACCUGGACCUGUUUGUCCGCUUCCUUCAUGGCCUCUCUCUGGAGUCCAACCAGAGUCUCUUAGGAGGCCUGCUGGGUCAGACAGACAACAGUCCAGAAACCAUCCAGAGAGUCAUCAACCACCUGAAGGAGAUGAACGGUGGUAAUAUCUCUCCUGACAGAAGCAUCAACAUCUUCCACUGUCUGAUGGAGAUGAACGACCGCUCAGUACAUCAGGAGAUCCAAGAGUUCCUGAAGUCAGAGAACAGAUCAGAGAAGGAACUCUCUGUGUUUGACUGCUCAGCUCUGGCCUACAUGCUGCAGAUGUCAGAGGAGCCUCUGGAUGAGUUGGACCUGAAGAAGUACAACACAUCAGAGGAGGGACGACGGAGACUGAUCCCAGCUGUGAGGAACUGCAGA